ACCCAUUCGAAGGCGACGGCGGUCGUCAAUAUUUCAGUUCUAAUCUCGCCAGAGAUAAAAGGGUGAAAUAAAUCCACGCACUGACAGCGGAACUGACACACUUUUCACCUCGACUUUUUCGUCCUAUCUCCUCUAGGUCGAUCUUGCGGCGGGGCUCUGGAAUGACGGGGUGUGCCGUGAAUUUGAAUUAGCUCGCCGUUAGUUUGAAGACAGAGUGAGUCGGGAUAGAGAGAGAGAGAGUGUGUGUGUGAGAGAGGGGAGCCAUUUUGUCCCGACUGUGUGGGAGAAAAGAAAGAGUGGAAAAGAGGAAUCACACGGGAGGAUAUCCUAUUUUUUUCUCUCUCCGUUCUCAUGCUGUAGAGAGUGGAAAACAGUCGGACUCGGGACUUAUUAACUUCUCGGACACGUCUACGGACACGUUAUUUGGGUGGUAUUUAGCCAACUAGCUCGCCAGGCUAAUCAACAAAUCCCAGCUUGUUAUAAUAGUUAACAGUCAGUUUGGCGUUGGAGCUGGCUUUAGACUUGACAUUUGCGUAUUAGACUGUCACUUUUUUUGGGGGUUCAUAUCUGGGUUAAUAAAAACACAAGCUGUUCUUCCAAUGGCGAAGAAAACGUACGACUUGCUGUUCAAGCUGCUGCUGAUCGGAGACUCGGGCGUGGGGAAGACCUGUGUGCUGUUCCGCUUCUCCGACGAUGCCUUCAACACAACCUUCAUUUCCACCAUAGGAAUAGACUUCAAGAUCAAAACUGUUGAAUUACAAGGAAAGAAGAUCAAACUACAGAUUUGGGACACGGCAGGCCAGGAGCGGUUCCACACCAUCACCACCUCCUACUACAGAGGAGCCAUGGGCAUCAUGCUGGUCUACGACAUCACCAACGCCAAGAGCUUUGAAAACAUCAGCAAAUGGCUGCGCAACAUUGACGAGCAUGCGAAUGAGGACGUCGAAAGGAUGCUGCUAGGCAACAAGUGUGACAUGGAGGACAAGAGGGUCGUACCAAAAGCCAAGGGGGAGCAGAUUGCGAGGGAGCACGGCAUUAGGUUUUUUGAGACGAGCGCUAAGGCCAACAUCAACAUCGAGAAGGCUUUCCUCACGUUAGCAGAAGACAUCCUCAGAAAGACGCCCGUAAAAGAGCCCAACAGUGAAAACGUGGACAUCAGCAGUGGAGGCGGAGUCACAGGGUGGAAGAGCAAGUGCUGCAGUUGAACGACUUCUGUUUCACUCACACUAACGUACACACGCGCACACACAGACACAAACACACACACACACACACACACUGUCUCUCUCUCUAACUGCUAACUCUAACUCUCUCGCCCUCUAACCUGUUUAUCAUGAGUUUUUCUUGCACACUGACACUCUCUCUCUCUCUCUCUCUCUUUCUCUCUCGUCUCUUUUAUCAGAAUAAAACAAUAAACCACUUUCACUUGUUCAUCCUCCCCCCCACUCCCUCCUCUUCCUCCCUCCACAUUUUUGAUAAUUUUUAUUUCUGAUAAAAACAGAAAUCCAGUCACGUUUCUUGUCAUUUGUUUUAAAGGUUGUUAAAAAACCUCCCAAAAA